AUGCGGUCUCUCAGCGUACUCCUUUUCAGCUUGCUCUGUGCAUCUGCCGUCUCAGCCGAUCCUCUAGACGAUGCUAUCGCUCUCUUCAAGCGUCAAAAUGUACCACUGUCUACUGGCGCUUCCGACUCUAGCAGUUCUAUUACAUCCCCAACUACCUCUCCCACCACUAGUAAUGGCGACUCAACUACUUCUGUUACUGUUACAAGCGAUACCACCUCUUCGAGCACCGAGACCACGUCGUCCACAAUCACUCUUCCCCCAUCCACAUCUUCCUCGGUGACUGUCGUCACGACAACAUCGACCCGUACGCCUUCCUCGAGUUCCUCCGACAGCAGCUCCUCGGAUCAAUCCACCUCUACGGAGACGAGCACCUUCACCCCUUCGAGGACUUUGAUCACCACAAGUUCGCUUCAAGAGGUCAUUACUACAAUCACAAGUGUGAGUGCAGGAAGCACCGUGCAUCUUACCAGUACAAGUAGCAGCCUCGUCCCAAUUACAACCAGUGUUGAUCCUGCUUCCCUGACAAAUGGAGGCGGCAAAGGCGGCAGUUCCGGCCUCAGUGACACUGCCAAAGCCACCAUAGGAGGAGUUGUGGGCGGUGUUGGUGGUGCGUUGUUGCUCGCUGGAUUGGCAUACACUGCCUGGAGGAUUUGGGGCAAGAAGAAGAAUCUUCACGACGACGAUCUCUACGACCCCAACCUCAACCAAGACAAGCUAAGCGGUACCACGGGAUCUGACUCUACGCCCUUCCGUUCCACGUUGGAUCAAUACCAUUCCCCUGGGCCUGUCAAUACCGCGUCAAACUUUUAA